AUGGGCUUCUUAACGAUUUUAAAGAAAUUAAGACAAAAGGAGAAAGAAAUGAGGAUUCUUAUGUUAGGUUUGGAUAAUGCAGGUAAGACGACAAUACUGAAGCGAUUUAAUGGUGAGCCGAUUGAUACAAUAUCUCCAACUUUGGGCUUUAACAUAAAAACGCUGGAACAUAGGGGAUAUAAACUAAACAUCUGGGAUGUCGGCGGCCAAAAAUCCUUAAGGUCGUACUGGAAGAACUACUUUGAGAGUACAGAUGGUGUGGCAUGGGUUGUGGAUAGUGCUGAUGCUAGGCGUUUAGCGGACUGUGCACGUGAACUACACUCUCUGCUCCGUGAGGAGAGGCUGGCAGGAGCUACAUUGCUAGUACUUGCAAACAAAGCUGACCUGCCUGGCGCUCGCACUCUGCAAGAGAUAAGAGAGGCUCUAGACUUAGACAGCAUUAAGACUCAUCACUGGCGUAUAGUUCGCUGUUCUGCUGUCACCGGUGAAAACCUGCUCGAGGGAAUGGAUUGGAUGUUAGAUGACAUUGCUUCACGGAUAUUUACACUAGAC